ACAUACUGUAGCUGGACGGAUGGAGGAAGCCUCGGUGACAAAGGAGUGAAUUAGCUGGAAACACAUAACGUCAAGUUUAUGAGCGAUAAACGAAGUGACACCAUGUUGGGAAACCCAGGGUCUUAUGCUAACAAGAAGAGGAAGAAGCCUGUUCUCAAACAAAAGAAGCAUUCUGAAGGCAAUGAAGUCGUUAAAUCGAACCCUUCGAAGCGCCACCGGGAUCGGCUGAAUGGGGAGUUGGACCGGCUGACGGGCCUCCUUCCCUUUUCCGAGGAGAUUCGCUCUCGUCUGGACAAACUGUCGGUCCUUCGCCUCAGCGUGGGCUACCUGAGGGUCAAGGGCUACUUCAAAGCGACCAUAAAGAACAGUAACGGCAGUCUGAUGUUUCCUGGGAACAACAUGGACACCGCAGGCUUCUCUGAGGGGGACCUACUGCUCCAGGCGCUGAACGGGUUUGUGAUCGUGGUCACGUCAGACGGAUCGGUGUUUUAUGUCUCUGCCACAGUCAAGGACUACCUGGGCUUUCAUCAGUCCGAUGUGGUUCACCAGAGCGUGUUCGAGCUCAUCCAUACUGAUGACCGAGCCUUGUUCAGACAGCAGCUUCACUUCGCUCUGAACCCCCCCGGCUCUGCUGGCGCGGGAGGAGAUGGCUUGCAGAGUUAUGGCAGUACAGUGAUGUACAACCCCGAGCAGCUUCCCCCGGAGAACUCGUCCUUCCUGGAGAGGAGCUUUGUGUGUCGCUUCCGCUGCCUCCUGGACAACUCCUCUGGCUUUCUGGCUCUCAAGUUCCAGGGGCGACUUAAGUACCUCCAUGGCCAGAGGGUUUUAAAAGAGAACGGGACCUGUAACAAACCUCAGCUGGCACUCUUCACCAUCGCUAUGCCCGUCAAGCCUCCGACCAUUGUGGAGAUCAGAUCUAAAAUGCUGCUCUUUCAAACCAAACACAAGCUGGACUUCACACCCAUGGGCGUCGACAGCAGGGGGAAGAUUGUUCUGGGCUAUUCAGAGACUGAACUGUGUAUGAAAGGAUCCGGCUAUCAAUUCAUCCACGCAGCUGACAUGAUGUACUGCGCCAACAACCACAUCCGCAUGAUUAAAACAGGAGAGAGCGGUCUGACUGUUUUCAGGCUCCUCAGUAAGUCUUCUGGUUGGGUGUGGGUGAAGGCCAACGCCAAGCUGAUCUACAAAGGAGGCCGACCUGAAUUCAUCAUCGCAUAUCAGAGAGCUUUAGUCAACGCUGAGGGUGAGGAGUAUCUGCGUCAGAGGAGGCUGCAGCUUCCCUUCAGCUGCACCACAGGAGAGGGCGUCCUCUACAACACCGGCCCCAUCGUGGACGUCGCACACUUUCAAUUCAAUAAAAUGUUUGGCAGCAUGAAUGACAUGGAGGACGUGCUCCCCGGCUCUUUGGUGGACUGCUUCCUGAAACAGGACGAGGCGGCCUACAUGCAAACAGUGGACACCUCUGUAUCUGUGGAUCAGGUGUUCAUGGAAAGCGAGGCCCUGGUCAGCAUCGGCAGCGACUCGUGGCAGGAAGGUGGAGCUACAUUCACAUCAGAACCUGUCGUAGUGAAAGAGGAAGCCAAGCAGUCAGUGAUGGCUGUGUUUGACAACCUGGGGAAAUUGACUCAAGAUGGUGACUUUUGUGCAGCGUUGCAGAGCCUGGAGGUCGGCGAUUCAGAGCUGGUGGAGUGGGAAAAUGCCCUCAAGAGAUUAAGUCAGGAUGAGCAGCAGCAAAACAAUGUCGGGUCCGAGCUGGACAACAUCCUCACGAAUGACAUAUUUGACUACAUUGAUACCGUUUUGUUCAAAGAGAAGGAAAAAGAUUGUCUUAACGCCAGCCCUCCCAGCUGCCUCACAGCAGUCAACAACAAUCAGCAAGACCCCUUCACUCAGGCUGCCCAGCUCUCAGCUGCUGGACUUGCUCAACCGCAGUUGUUUCAGACACACAGCUCUGAUCUUACUUACUCUCCAAUGAAUGGACUCUACGCUCCCCAGCACAAUACAAUGAAUGGCCCAGUGAUUGCAGGCCAAAGCUUAGCAGAGUCUGCUCAGAUAUUCAGCAGCACCCAGAAACUCUCCCACAAUGGCUGCCUGAUUCCUCAGGCUGACACCAACCUGCGCCCUCUUCAACAGCUGCAGCUCCACGACAUUUUCAGCCCGUCUAUAGAGCUCCCAGAGCUCACUGUCCCUGGCGCCUCAGCUGGUGCCGCCUCAGCCCCUUUUCAAUCCUGUAGGCAGGCGUCUAUCAGCCACAUGGGCCGAGCUCGUGGGAUUUCUGCGCAGACGCAGUCCAACCCACUUCUGCGGUGCCCUCAAAACAAUUUGCAAGCUCCAGCUGUGGCAGCAAAUGGACUGUUACUGCAGAGCCUUGUUCAACAACCAAACAAUGUAGCACCCGGUGUGAUGGACAUUUUGCCACCCCUGAUUCCUUGCAGGGACUUUAAUUCCGCCAGCACACCUAAUAUUACCGUUCCCUUUGCCACAACUUCCCUGCAAGGGAGCACAACUUUUGAAACGCACAACCACCAGGUUCAGCAGUGGCCGCAGAGCCAGCAGAAGCUGCCUCAUGCUGGCAUCAUGCAGAACGGACACGAGCUGAUGCCAGCAUGUCACAGCCAAACGUCAGAAAGCCAAACAUUCCCGCGUGCUGGCCUUUGGCCAAGGAGUGUCACCGGCAUGAACCAUCCUCAGCAGGGAGGGCUGACAUGUGGCCAGACAGCUACUCACAGCAGCUGCAUGUUCGACCAGCACUUUUCUUCCAGUCCAGCAGGAGGCGACGUCCUGGCUCUCUCUGGGUUGUCAGGCCUGAGGGGGGCGAACACGUCUCUGGAUCAGAGUCCUCCUCAAGGUUCCUGCUACUUCCAGUGGAGCCACAGCGAGUCUGUGGUGGGAACAUCAGCCAUCAACCAGGAGAACGCCAACAUCAGUCCUCUGACUGCUCCGCCCAACUUGUCCACUUCAGAGCACACACUCAACAUUCAGCACUACCUGUGAUGCCACAGACAGACACAGCAGGAUGAAAGAGUCUCCGCUGAAUGCAAAGGGAUGUUUGCCACUCCUGCUGGCGAUGCGUCCGUGUGCCCGACAGAGUCGAGUCACGCCAUCUUCUUAUUUCUGUAGCCAAGAAAUCCCGGAGAAAGACAAAAACUCAGUAUAGUUCGCCUGUAUCAGUGCUUACCCACUCUCAUGCUUACCCGUAUUGCCAUAUGUUUUAUAUAACUCUGUAACAUUUAUAUUUUGUCCAGUCUGUAAUGUUUAAACGUUUUGCUUUUCAGUUUUUAGUGAAGAUACACUAUAGUAAUAAUGAAGUAUAAAGCCACAAGUGCGUUUACCAGGAUGGAGCUUGAGCCAGCUAAGAGGAUUGGUCAAGAAAAUCCAAAUAGCCAAAGAAAUAGGUUUUUAUAAGGGAAACCAGGUGUUGUUAAGUCCUUGUUUUCAGCCAGGGACAUUCAUCUAUCCACCCAGUAUACAUGCCUUAAUAAAAUACAUAUGUAAAUAUAUAUAUAUAUAUAUAUAUAUAUAUAUAUAUAUAUAUAAUCAUUCUAAACUUCGCUGACAAAGUGGAGACUUUGUCAUCAGUGUAAAGAAUCACUGAAAGUGAUCGCUACCUGAAAGCACAUCUGUACCUUCAAAUUAAUAUUAUUACGGAUCAAUCAAACCUUAAAUGUGGUCGAUUUAAGUGUAUGAAUACAAUCUGUAACUAGACUGUUAGUUAUUUGUUUCACCAAAAGAUCCCACAAAUGUACAGAAUGCCUCAUGUCAUACAUGUGUUAAUCCGUGCCGUAUAAAUGUGCUUUUCUGGAGAGUGAUUUGUCAGUCUGGGACGCAUGGACCCAAAAUGUAGGUCCGACAAUCAGGAAGAACUACCAAUCUGAGGGUCGCUUUGUUUCCAUCUCAGUGACGUCUUUUAAAGUGAAAAUAAGCAACGCUGCAGUUAUUUCAAAUGCACUGCUGCUAACUAAGACCUUUACUUGUGGGUAACUUUAGGAAGCAUCUCACUCAUGUCUACAAAGCAAAUGGAACUAAAAGGAAACUGCAAGUCCUGAGCCAACGAAAUCAGUCCAUCAAAAAUGUCUCGACUCUUCUCCAACACGCCACGCCCCCCCCCCCCAAACUACUCAACGAAAGGUUCAGUGAUUGCAAGAAAGAAACAACAGAUAACGUGUUACUAUAACGUUAAUGUUUUAACAUCCAUACAACAUGCAAUCAGCUGACGGACGACCUGAAUCCACGUUUUAAACGAUUGUCGGACGUCUUCAAAGCCUUUUGAGAAGGAACGGAUGCAGUCGCUACAUUUGGAUGCAGCUCAUAGCUACAACUCUGCAGCAGCCCUCACCCCCACAGUCUGUGGCCCUACAUAGGAACAGCCUAAAAUAUAUAUAUUGCUUAAACCCAAACAUUAAUUUAUACGAUAGCAUACAGCGUGACCAUAUACACUUUCUCGUGCCUUCAUGCCGGAUCGGCAGCUUAGAAAUAUCUUCAUAUACAGUCCAUAUAUCUGUGCCUCGAUGUAUGAAGCAUCUUAAUAUAAUAUUUCCUUCACUAGUUUUUCUAAGGCAAACCUGUAGAACUUCACUAACUUAAGGGAAGCCAUGUCCAGUAUCUUUACUGUCAAUGAUCCUGCAUUGUGCAUUUCAAGGCUCUGAGGAAUUUCUUAAAGUCCCAUCCUUCACAAUGGACACAAGGGAACACGCUUAACUUGACCUAUCGCCAUAGAGAUGGUGAGAUUUCCUUCAUCGAUGAGCAGCGUAUUUAGCAUCAAGACUGGAGAUUUAAACUAGUCGAACAAUUCAUUCAUAUUCACUUUUGUCUUUUGUUUUGGCUCCUUUUUUUUUAUCAGCUUUUGUUUGUUACCAGGUGUUUGUAAUCUCCACACUACAAAAAAAUAAACAGCAUUAAUGAUUUGGAUUAACAUCAUUAACCUGGCAGCUUUACCGUAUUCCUGCUGCACUGUGGGAAAUCACUCAGUAUUUUAGCUUUGCUUGAGAAUUCUAUUGUGUAUGUUUGGUGACAUCUUGAAAUCCUAAAAGUCUGAGGGCACAGAUGAAUAUGGCCUCCUUUCCUGUGUCCUGUUUUUUUUUUACUUAUCGUUGUUUGUUGUCGUGGACUCUUCCUCCUGUUGAGGAUCUCAGAGCGGACUGGAGGCUAUAAGGACAGCCUAUAAAUCGCCUUGGAUAUUGAACUUUAAUACAGACGCGUCGUGACUGUAGCCACUAUGAAAAAACCUGGAGCCAAAUGUUUUAUUCACAGCGGUGUUGAUGUUUUUAUGCUAACAUGUGCCUUGCCAUAUUUCUGUUAUUCAUAAAAAAAUUUUUGAAAAAAAAUCACAACUGUUCAGUUUCAUGUAAUCCACUUUAGCCAAGUAGUUAUAGUAUCUAUAUCAUAAUGUAUGUAUUAAAACAACAGCUUUUGUCUACUGUUAAAUGCUUUUUUCAUAAAUAUAUGUGUGCAAUGAUCAAAA